UCUUAGGGCGCAACUAAAAAAAUUGUACCUAAAGACGAAGUCAAAACGCGAGUGCGGUCGAAACCGAAAACGUCGUCCAGCAACGAAGGCAAUGCAGAAACAUCGAAGAAAUCAGAUUCUAAUUUACUGAGGAAGUCUCAAACCGAGCACAGAGGAGACGGAGACAGAGUGUCCAAAUCAUCGCAGAAUACUUCAACGAGGACACAAUCGACUAGAAGUACUAGCAAGCCGUCCGUCAGUUCUUCUCAAGUUAGGACUGUCAAGCAAGUAUCCUCGACGUCGAAAUCUAGUCCGCGCAAUACUUCGUCCAGUCAUUUGGUAACGCAGAAGAGUACAACCUCUAAGACGAGAUCCGAAAAUGUUCUUAAAUCGAGCGACGACAGUACGGUCAAAAAGAGAAAGUCCAGAGAGCAGCAAGCGGGAUAUUCAGAGAAGAGAGGUCAGAGUACGAUAUACGUGCCAAGAUCGACUGCGAGCAAGCUCAAUGUUAAAUCUAACGAGAAGACUGUACAUCGGUCGUCGAGGGAUAAGGAGAAAUCGCAAGAUUCUCCCGCACCCGACCGAACUAAGCCACGAAUGUCGUCCAGAGAACGCAGGAAAUCCAGAACGCUGAGUCCAAGCGAAGUAAGGAUGCUGCACAGCGCCGUAAGGAGACCGAAUGUCGUGGAAAAAGUAGAGCAGAAGAAAACGUCGGACAGUCGUUCUCAUACGCAAGCGGACUCGAAUGAGGCGGACUAUGAUUACGAAGACGAUUUUGAGGAUUACGAGUCAGACUUUCAAGAGUGCACCGACAGCGAUACUCCCUCGAUCAGCGAAAAAUCAGACAGCAGUGGAAAUAAUUCCCAUUUAGAACCUAUCGAAUUGAAAAUCCGAGAGAAGAGGAGCGCGGAACACGCGAAAGUCGAAGAGGAACGUAUGCUCGAUUCGGGACAUUACGAUCUCGCAGAAGCGAGAAAACGGGCAGCGCGAGUAGAAUCUGCGCUCUUAACGCAAUCCAACACACCACCGUUACCCGAAUUAAGAGAGCCAGUUGGCAAAACGUUUAGCGAUGACAGACCGGCGGAGAAUAAAUCUCUGCCAUCGUCCACUGAUGAAGGUUUCGAGGACAGCCGUUCUGGGGACUUUACCAGAUCUCCGCCGCUGUCGCAAGUACCGUUUGUCAAUCUUCAUAAACCAAAAGAGAAUCAACGUGAAGAGAAGCCUCGUACCAGAGGUGAAGAAUUGUUGGAAAUGAUAAAGCUGGACUUUAUGGAAUGGUCGAUAUUGGAGUGCAGCCCCAUACCUUAUGAUGAAUUUAUAAGAAAUUACGGGAAAUUAAAUACGCAACAAGUGUUUACCCAAACCGGCGACGACAACAUGGACAUUGAGAUACAAACGGACGAGGUGCCUUGUAAGAACAAAUGGACACAGUUUCCCAUAACUUGUAGAAAAAACUUGCGUGACAAGCAAGAUAUAAACUUAUUUAAAAUGGAACAAAUUGGCGUGGGAAAUGAUUUGGACGAAACGGACGAUAUAAACUUUUCGUCACGUCCGUCGUACGACGUAUUGCGGUUAAACGAUUUUCUUAAUCGCGCGGGCGCGGUUGUAUUGUCGUUGCUGGAAGAAAGAGAACACGGUGGCACCGUUUUUCAAAACGACGUAGACGAAUUAUCGUUCAGCGAUGGUUUCGUGAAGCUCUCUGUAGAUACAGUAACGUUCUUAGCUUCCAGACCAGUUAAGAUUAUACAUUAUUCGAAUGUCUUAAAUAAAGUUCUGCUUACUAUACACGCUCCAGUGGAAGAGGAGUUAGAAACCAUAAGCAAACAAGAUUAUGUCACCGACUGUUGUAUCGGAUGCGUGUGGAAUAUUUCCGAACCUUCGAUGCCAAAGAAAUUAUUUUACUCGCAAUGCCCCAUUACCGCUUGUUGCUUUCACUUAACGAAUUGCAACACGGUGUUCGCCGGACUCGAGGAUGGGUCGCUGAGUCUCUGGGACCUUAAGGAGGACGAGAUGUGGCAUCAGAAGAUUACGGAUAAGGCUAACGAGUUAGAUUGGGUGAUCAGAACGCCUACUUACACGACAACAGCGGAGCUAGAUGCGCACACGUCGCAAGUUGUUGCGAUACGCGUGCAGUCUAAGAUCGAGACUGCCUCUGUUAAAGAAGGGAGCAACAAGUUCGUCCCCAUCCAGAUAUGUAGUUUAGACGAGGAUGGUUGUCUCAUAAUAUGGAGUAUUGUGCAUAACAUGGGUAUAAAUAUCGACGAUCUGGGACUCUCUCAUUGGGGCGACAUAAGACUCAUAAAGAAUCAGAAAACGUUUCUGACGAGGAAAGACGCAGAAAUAAUGAACACAUUUGUCGAUAUGCAUGUGGACAGCGCAAAUACAAAUAACAUUUAUAUCGCGACUAACAGUACUGAUGUCUUGCAUGCUACUUAUAUCGGUAACAGAACUAACCCAUUAACAUAUAAACCAACCGAGAUAAGUGAAUGCGGCAAUUCAACCUGCAUCGAUGUUUGUCCUUUUGGUCAAUCCUUUUUCUGGGUCGGCUGCGACGAUGGAACGAUUCGACUUCAUUACUUAAAUGUGGAGAGACCGAUCGUACAACUGAAAAGUGAACAGUACACGGACGAGAUUAAAGCUUUGCAAUGGUCGAAAACGAAACCGUUGACUAUAUAUGCUCUGGAUAAUGAUUCUCGAAUUCACGUGUGGGAUUUGAGUCAGAGUGAUAUUUCUCCUAUAUAUACAUCAUCUAUGCAAAAAUGGGGAAAGAUAAGCAGCAUGCAGCUGUCUCCUUGCAUAAUAGAUCAAGAUAUGACAAAUCAAUACCUGGCUCUUGGUAUGGAAUCUGGUAAUGUGGAAGUACACAAACUGAAAAAAGGUUUCUACUAUUCAAAGAAAGAGGAAUUUUUACAAGAACUGAAUGUAUUUUCGCGAUACGUUUCGGUAUCAUAAACGAAAAUAGAUAUGGCAUGAACAAGGAGGGAAUUAUAUAAGCACUAAUAGUUUCUCUAGAAUUGCUAUAUCAAUGAAUUGAAUAUAGAAAGAUUCACAGGUUUUAUACUUCCAAUGUAUACGUGCACUUGCAAUUAUUGCAAUAGAUAAGUGAGAUACCAGUCAUAUAGAAAGUAAUACUUAAACACAAUUUAAAAUUUUCAAUUGACAAGGUUUAUACAAUUUCAAUUAUUUCACGUGAUUCUGAAUUUGUAAUUUAUAAGAUUUGCAAAGCAACGUGUAGUGAUUAGUCAUCUUUGAUAACUUUGAAUAACAUUGAAUGUUUCCAAUGUGCAAUGAAGUGCGAUUAAACUGUUAUGGUUUUAUAUAUUUUACAAGCGCGCCGUAUGUAUAACGAAUGAGAUUUUUUCGCACUUAUUCGUAUCUUUCUAUAAUAUAAUAUACGUAUCACAGUAUUCCGUCCAGGGAAAAUAAGUACCAUUAGAUGUAGAUGAAAAUAGUAUUCGUAAUAUUAUUUAUACGAGUCUCGUACAUACAUUUACAUAGUGUAUCGUAUAAAACAUCAUAUAAAUAAGGACAAAUGAUAAGAUUAUACAAUCGAAAUAUACAUAGAAUUUUAUACAUAGCCUAGCCGAUUUGAUAUCGCGCUUUUUGAUGUAGGUCAUUAUUGAUGAUACAACUGAGAUGAUAUAAUUUUAUCUUAAAAAUAAAUGUAGAAAAAAGUUUUCAUAAAAAAGCUUUUUUGUUCAAUAAUUUAUUGUUCGACAUUAUUCUACUCCAAUACUCGUUCGUAAUUGUUCAACAACUUCAAUAAUAAUUUUGUUUUUGAGAUCUAUUAUUAAACAAUUGUUUAUGUUUCCCGUCAUCGAGCUUAGAUAAUUUUAAAAUUAUCUCUACAUAAUCACUCACAAUAUAUGAACAAUUAUACAAAUAAAAGAAAUUAGAUAUCCUAUUCAAAGAAAUCUAACAAAAUUAUUGAAGUGUUGA